CUGUACUGAGAGCAGGAAGUGUUUCCCUUUGAAAAGCAAUCUUAAUGUGCAUAAAAGAUCUCACACAGGAGAAAAAAUGCAUUCCUGUCCUGAGUGCGGAAAAUGUUUUACACAAAAGUCCAGUCUUAACUCACAUCAGAGAUUGCACAAGGGUGAGAAGCCAUAUUCCUGUACUGAGUGCGGGAAAUGUUUUUCACUGAAGUCCACCCUUUACACCCAUCAGAGAUCUCACACGGGUGAGAAGCCGUAUUCCUGCCCUGAGUGCGGGAAAUGUUUUUCCCACAAGUCUUGUCUUAACUCACAUCAGAGAUCUCACACAGGGGAGAAACCGUAUUCAUGCCCUGAGUGUGGGAAGUGUUUUUCAGAGAGGUCUUCUCUUAACACACAUAUAAGAUCUCACACAGGGGAGAAGCCUUAUUCCUGCCCUGAGUGCGGGAAAUGUUUUUCAGAGAAGUCCAAUUUUUACAAACAUCAGAGAUCUCACACGGGGGAGAAACCGUAUUCAUGCCCUGAGUGCGGGAAGUGUUUUUUAGAGAGGUCUUCUCUUAACACACAUACGAGAUCUCACACGGGGGAAAAGCCGUAUUCCUGUCCUGACUGCGGGAAAUGUUUUUCACAGAAGUCCCAUCUUUCCAGCCAUCAGAGAUCACACACGGGGGAGAAGCCGUAUUCCUAUAAUGGGCUUUUCUGUACUGAGUGCGGGAAGGGUUUCCGCUAUAAAUCCCGUCUUAUUGUACAUAAAAGAUCUCACAAAGGGGAGAAGCCGUAUUCCUGUUCUGAGUGCGGGAAAUGUUUUAAAAAGAAGUCCAAUCUUUCCACACAUCAGAGAUCUCACACGGGGAAAAAGCCAUUUUCCUGUUCUGAGUGCGGGAAAUGUUUUUCAGAGAAAUCCAAUCUUUCCACACAUCAGAGAUUGCACACGGGAGAGAAGCCAUUUUCCUGUUCUGAGUGCGGGAAAUGUUUUUUUCGGAAGUCUGAUCUUUUUAUACAUCAGAGAUCACAUACGGGGGAGAAGCCGUAUUCUUGUCCUGAGUGUGGGAAAUGUUUUGUAGAUAACUCCAGAUUAUCCAGACAUCAGAGAUCUCACAGGGGGGAGUUGCCUUUUUCCUGUUCUGAGUGUGGGAAAUGUUUUUCAAGUAAGACCGAAUUUUUUAUACAUCAGAGAUCACACACGGGGGAGAAGCCGUAUUCCUGUCCUGAGUGCGGGAAAUGUUUUUCAAGGAAGUCCGCUCUUUUUAUACAUCAGAGAUCACACACGGGGGAGAAGCCGUAUUCCUGUCCUGAGUGCGGGAAAUGUUUUUCAGAUAAGACCAGUUAUUACAGACAUCAGAAAUCACACACAGGAGAGAAGCCGUAUUCCUGUUCUGAGUGUGAGAAAUGUUUUUCACUUAAGUCCAGUCUUUCCAGACAUCAGAGAUCUCACACGGGGGAGAAGCCUUUUUCCUGUUCUGUGUGCGGGAAAAGUUUUUCAAAGAAGUGCAAUCUUGUAACACAUCAGAGAUCACACACGGGGGAGAAGCCGUAUUCCUGUCCUGAGUGCGGGAAAUGUUUUUUAAGGAAGUUCGCUCUUUUUAUACAUCAGAGAUCACACACGGGGGAGAAGCCGUAUUCCUGUCCUGAGUGCGGGAAAUGUUUUUCAGAGAAGACCAGUAUUUACAGACAUCAGAGAUUGCACACAGGUGAGAAGCCGUAUUCCUGUCCUGAGUGCGGGAAAUGUUUUUCACAUAAGUCAUAUCUUUCCAGACAUCAGAGAUCUCACACGGGGGAGAAGCCUUUUUCCUGUUCUGUGUGCGGGAAAAGUUUUUCAAAGAAGUCUGAUCUUUCCAGACAUCGGAAAUCUCACACAAGGGAGAAGCCGUAUUCCUGUCCUGAGUAUGGGAAUUGUCAGCCACAUAAGUCCUCUGUUUACAGUCAUCUGAGAUUGGACACGGAGGAGAAUGAACUUUCCUGGUCUGAAAUACAGGCGGGUAAUUACAUGCGUAAGUCAAUCCCAUUUCGAAAACUUAAGCCUGUGAACUGUGAUGAAUUCAAGAACUGUUAUAUUAAAACCGACAACGAGAUUGAGGAGAAUAAGCUUGUUGACGAUCUCGAAGAAGGCGUUCCCCAAUUAGAGAGUGCCUUGGACGAUUUUGAAUCUAGGCUCAAAAAAUCAUUGAACGAAGUGGCGCCCUUUCAGGUGGCUAACAACCGACCGAGAUUACAGAAAUCCCAACCGUGGUAUUCAUCUAGCCUCCUCCCUCUAAAAAAAAAGAGACGGUUCUUGGAGCGAAAAUGGCUAAAAUCUCAAUGCAAUCUGGACAAACAAGUCUACUGCAUACAUUGCAGAGGUUAUGCCAAGGCAGUAAAAACGCUAAAAAGAACAUAUUAUAAUACCAAAAUUAGCGUUGCCCCUAAUCAAACGGGAGAACUGUUCGCCAUAGUCCGGGAGAUUUUUGAGCCAAAAAGAUUCCACUCCAAGAUUAUGGCAUCCCCACAACUGUGUAAUGAUAUCCACCAGUCUUUCAUUUCAAAAGUGGAGAAAAUCCGUGCUCGAUCCUCCUUAGCACCCCCCUGUGCAACAUCAAAAGCCAAAACCACCCCGGAAAAACUACAGAAAUUUCGCCUAGUGUCAGAGGAGGAAAUCAGAGCCAUCAUCUCAAAACUGAAACCAACCAGUUAUCCUGAUGACCCCUGCCCUGCCUGGUUCAUUCAGAAGCAUGUAGACACUCUGGUUAUUGACAUCUGCAGAUUUCCAACACAUAAGAGGUUUCCAUGUCCUGAGUGCGGAAAAUGUUUUUCAAUGAACUCCCAGCUUUCCACUCACCAGAGAUCUCACACGGGGGAGAAGACUUUUUCCUGUUCUGAGUGCGGGAAAUGUUUUUCAGACAAGUCCCAUCUUUCCACACAUCAGAGAUCACACACGGGUGAGAAGCCUUUUUCCUGUUCUGAGUGCGGGAAAUGUUUUUCAGUGAAGUCCAGUCUUUCCACACAUCAGAGAUCUCACACGGGGGAGAAGCCUUUUUCCUGUUCUGAGUGUGGGAAAUGUUUUUCAGUGAAGUCCCAUCUUUCCGAACAUCAGAGAUCUCACACAGGGGAGAAGCCUUUUUCCUGUUCUGAGUGCGGAAAAUGUUUUUCAGUGAAGUCCAAUCUUUCCAUACAUCAGAGAUCUCACACGGGGGAGAAGCCUUUUUCCUGUUCUGAGUGUGGGAAAUGUUUUUCAGAGAAGUCCAGUCUUUCCAACCAUCAGAGAUUGCACACGGGGGAGAAGCCUUUUUCCUGUCCUGAGUGUGGAAAAUGUUUUUCAGUGAAGUCCCGUCUUUCCACACAUCAGAGAUCUCACACGGGGGAGAAGCCUUUUUCCUGUUCUAAGUGCGGAAAAUGUUUUUCAGUGAAGUCCAGUCUUUCCACACAUCAGAGAUCUCACACAGGUGAGAAGCCUUUUUCCUGUUCUGAGUGCGGAAAAUGUUUUUUAAUGAAGUCCAGUCUUUCCACACAUCAGAGAUCUCACACGGGGGAGAAGCCUUUUUCCUGUUCUGAGUGUGGGAAAUGUUUUUCAGAGAAGUCCAGUCUUUCCAAACAUCAGAGAUUGCACACGGGGGAGAAGCCUUUUUCCUGUCCUGAGUGUGGAAAAUGUUUUUCAGUGAAGUCCCGUCUUUCCACACAUCAGAGAUUGCACACGGGGGAGAAGCCUUUUUCCUGUUCUAAGUGCGGAAAAUGUUUUUUAAUGAAGUCCAGUCUUUCCACACAUCAGAGAUCUCACACAGGUGAGAAGCCUUUUUCCUGUUCUGAGUGCGGAAAAUGUUUUUCAGUGAAGUCCAGUCUUUCCACACAUCAGAGAUCUCACACGGGGAAGAAGCCUUUUUCCUGUUCUAAGUGCGGAAAAUGUUUUUCAGAGAAGUCCAGUCUUUCCAAACAUCAGAGAUUGCACACAGGGGAGAAGCCUUUUUCCUGUUCUGAGUGCGGUAAAUGUUUUUCGGUGAAAUCCCAUCUUUCCACACAUCAGAGAUCUCACACGGGGGCGAAGCCUUUUUCCUGUCCUGAGUGCGGGAAAUGUUUUUCACAGACAUCCAGUCUUUCCAUACAUCAGAGAUCUCACACGGGGGAGAAGCCUUUUUCCUGUUCUGAGUGCGGGAAAUGUUUUUCAGAGAAGUCCAGUCUUUCCAAACAUCAGAGAUCUCACACGGGGGAGAAACCUUUUUCCUGUUCUGAGUGCGGGAAAUGUUUUAUAAGGAAGUCCCAUCUUUCCAGACAUCAGAGAUCUCACACGGGGGAGAAACCUUUUUCCUGUUCUGAGUGCGGGAAAUGUUUUAUAAGGAAGUCUCAUCUUUCCGCACAUAAGAGAUCUCACACAGGGGAGAAGCCUUUUUCCUGUUCUGAGUGCGGAAAAUGUUUUUCAGUGAAGUCCCAUCUUUCCAGACAUCAGAGAACUCACACGAGGGAGAAGCCAUCUCACACAGGUGAGAAGCCGUAUUCCUGUUCUGAGUGUGAGAAAUGUUUUUCACAGAAGUCCCAUCUUUCCAUACAUCAGAGAUCUCACACGGGGGAGAAACCGUAUUCCUGUUCUGAGUGCGGAAAAUGUUUUUCAGUGAAGUCCAGUCUUACCACACAUCAGAGAUUGCACACGGGGGAGAAGCCGUAUUCCUGUCCUGAGUGCGGGAAAUGUUUUUCAGUGAAGGACGGUCUUUUUAUACAUCAGAGAUUGCACACGGGGGAGAAGCCGUAUUCCUGUUCUGAGUGUGGAAAAUGUUUUUCAAAUAAGUCCAAUCUUUCUAAACAUCAGAGAUCUCACGCAGGGGAGAAGCCGUAUUCCUGUCAGCAGUGUGGGAAAUGUUUCUCACGGAAGUCCUAUCUUUUUAUACAUCUGAGAUUGCACAUGGGGGAGAAGCCGUAUUCUUGUCCUGAGUGCGGGAAAUGUUUUGCAGAUGUGUCAAAUUUUUCCAGACAUCAGAGAUCACACACGGGGGAGAAGCCUUUUUCCUGUUCUGAGUGCGGGAAAUGUUUUGCAGAUCAGUCCAGGCUUUCCACACAUCAGAGAUCUCACACAGGGGAGAAGCCUUUCUUCUGUCGUGAGUGUGGGAAAUGUUUUUCAGAUAAGUCCAAUCUUUCCAGACAUCAGAGAUUGCACACGGGGGAGAAGCCAUAUUCUUGCCUUGAGUGCGGGAAAUGUUUUUCAUUUAAGUCCAGUCUUUCGUCACAUCAGAAAUCCCACACAGGGGAGAAGCCGUAUUCCUGCUCAGAGUGUGGGAAAUGUUUUGCAGAUAAGUCCCAUUUUUCCAGACAUCAGAAAUCUCACACGGGGGAGAAGCCUUUUUCCUGUUCUGAGUGCGGGAAAUGUUUUUCACUGAAGUCCAAUCUUUCCAAACAUCAGAGAUUGCACACAGGUGAGAAGCCGUAUUCCUGUCUUGAGUGCGGGAAAUGUUUUUCAGUGAAGGCCAAUCUUUCCUUACACCAGACAUUGCACACGGGAGAGAAGCCUUUUUCCUGUCCUGAGUGCGGAAAAUGUUUUUCAAGUCAGUCCUAUCUUUUUAGCCAUCAGAGAUCACACACGAGGGAGAAACCAUAUUCCUGUCCUGAGUGUGGGAAAUGUUUUGCAGAUGAGUCCCAUUUUUCCAGACAUCAGAGAUCUCACACGGGGGAGAAGCCUUUUUCCUGUUCUGAGUGUGGGAAAUGUUUUGCAGAUGAGUCCUAUUUUGCCAGACAUCAGAGAUCUCACACGGGGGAGAAGCGUUUUUCCUGUUCUGAGUGCGGGAAAUGUUUUUCAGAGAAGUCCCAUCUUUCCACACAUCAGAGAUUACACACAGGGGAGUUGCCUUUUUCCUGUUCUGAGUGCGGGAAAUGUUUUCAAGUGAAGUCCCAACUUUCCUCACAUCAGAAAACUCACACGGGGGAGAAGCCUUUUUCCUGUUCUGAGUGCGGGAAAUGUUUUUCAGCUUGGUCCACUUUUUACAGACAUCAGAGAGUGCACACAGGUGAGAAGCCAUAUUCCUGUCCUGAGUGUGGGAAAUGUUUUUCACAGCAGUCCAGUUUUUCCAUACAUCAGAGAUCUCACACAGGGGAGAAGCCUUUUUCCUGUUCUGUGUGUGGGAAAUGUUUUGCACAGAAGGGACAUCUUUUUACACAUCAGACAUCUCACACGGGGGAGAAGCCCUUUUCCUGUUCUGAGUGCGGAAAAUGUUUUUCACGGAAGACCCAUCUUUCCUUACAUCAGAGAUCACACACGGGAGAGAAGCCCUUUUCCUGUUCUGAGUGCGGGAAAUGUUUUUCCGAGAAGGGACAUCUUUCCACACAUCAGAGAUCACACAAAGGGGAGAAGCCUUUUUCCUGUUCUGAGUGUGGGAAAAGUUUUUCAGUGAAGUCCUAUCUUUUUAUACAUCAGAGAUUGCACACGGGGGAGAAGCCUUUUUCCUGUUCUGAGUGCGGGAAAAGUUUUUCACAGAAUAAGUCCUAUCUUUUUAGACAUCAGAGAUUACACACGGGGGAGAAGCCAUAUUCUUGUCCUGAGUGUGGGAAAUGUUUUGCAGAUCAGUCCCAUUGUUCCAGACAUCAGAGGUCUCACAAGGGGGAGAAGCCUUUUUCCUGUUCUGAGUGUGGGAAAUGUUUUGCAGUGAAGGUCAAUCUUUCCAAACAUCAGAGAUCGCACACAGGUGAGAAGCCGUAUUCCUGUCCUGAGUGCGGGAAAUGUUUUACAUCGAAGGCCAAUCUUUCCUUACACCAGACAUUGCACACGGGGGAGAAGCCUUUUUCCUGUCCUGAGUGCGGAAAAUGUUUUUCAAGUAAGUCCUAUCUUUUUAGCCAUCAAAGAUCACACACGAGGGGGAAACCAUAUUCCUGUUCUGAGUGUGGGAAAUGUUUUGCAGAUGAGUCCCAUUUUUCCAGACAUCAGAGAUCUCACACGGGGGAGAAGCCUUUUUCCUGUUCUGAGUGUGGGAAAUGUUUUUCAGAGAAGGGACAUCUUUCCACACAUCAGAGAUUACACACAGGGGAGUUGCCUUUUUCCUGUUCUGAGUGCGGGAAAUGUUUUCAAGUGAAGUCCCAACUUUCCUCACAUCAGAAAACUCACACGGGGGAGAAGCCUUUUUCCUGUUCUGAGUGCGGGAAAUGUUUUUCAGCUUGGUCCACUUUUUACAGACAUCAGAGAGUGCACACAGGUGAGAAGCCAUAUUCCUGUCCUGAGUGUGGGAAAUGUUUUUCACAUAAGUCCUAUCUUUUUAGACAUCAGAGAUUACACACGGGGGAGAAGCCAUAUUCUUGUCCUGAGUGUGGGAAAUGUUUUGCAGAUCAAUCCCAUUUUUCCAGACAUCAGAGAUCUCACAAGGGGGAGAAGCCUUUUUCCUGUUCUGAGUGCGGAAAAUGUUUUACAUCGAAGGUCAAUCUUUCCAAACAUCAGAGAUGGCACACAGGUGAGAAGCCGUAUUCCUGUCCUGAGUGCGGGAAAUGUUUUACAUCGAAGGCCAAUCUUUCCACACACCAGACAUUGCACACGGGGGAGAAGCCUUUUUCCUGUCCUGAGUGCGGAAAAUGUUUUUCAAGUAAGUCCAGUCUUUUUAGCCAUCAGAGAUCACACACGAGGGAGAAACCAUAUUCCUGUCCUGAGUGUGGGAAAUGUUUUGCAGAUGAGUCCCAUUUUUCCAGACAUCAGAGAUCUCACACGGGGGAGAAGCCUUUUUCCUGUUCUGAGUGUGGGAAAUGUUUUGCAGAUGGGUCCUCUUUUGCCAGACAUCAGAGAUUACACACAGGGGAGAAGUCUUUUUCCUGUUCUGAGUGUGGGAAAAGUUUUUUAGUGAAGUCCCAUCUUUCCACACAUCAGAGAUUGCACACAGGGGAGAAGCCUUUUUCCUGUUCUGAGUGUGGGAAAUGUUUUGCAGAUGAGUCCGCUUUUGCCAGACAUCAGAGAUCACACACAGGGGAGAAGCCUUUUUCCUGUUCUGAGUGUGAGAAAAGUUUUUCAGUGAAGUCAUCUCUUUUUAUACAUCAGAGAUUGCACACGGGGGAGAAGCCGUAUUCCUGUGCUGAGUGCGGGAAAAGUUUUUCUUUUAAGUCCAGUUUUUCUGCACAUCAGAGAUCUCACACAGGGGAGAAGUCUUUUUCCUGUUCUGAGUGCGGGAAAUAUUUCUCACAGAAGUCUAAUCUUUUUAUACAUCAGAGAUCUCACACGGGGGAGAAGCCUUUUUCCUGUCCUGAGUGUGGGAAAAGUUUUUCACAGAAGUCCCAUCUUUACAAACAUCAGAGAUCUCACACGGGGGAGAAGCCGUAUUCCUGUUCCUAUAAGUUUCCCUGUACUGAAUGCGGGAAGUGUUUCUGUUUAAAAUACCAGCUUAAAGAGCAUAAAAGAUCUCAUACAAGUGAGAAGUCUUUUCCCUGUCCUGAGUGCGGAAAAUGUUUGUCCAGUAAGUCCUAUCUUUUUAGACAUCAGAGAUUACACACGGGGGAGAAGCCAUAUUCUUGUCCUGAGUGUGGGAAAUGUUUUGCAGAUAAGUCCAGUUUUUCCAGACAUCAGAGAUCUCACACGGGGGAGAAGCCUUUUUCCUGUUCUGAGUGUGGGAAAUGUUUUUCACUGAAGACCCAUCUUUCCACACAUCAUAGAUUGCACACAGGUGAGAAGCCGUAUUUCUGUCCUGAGUGCGGGAAAUGUUUUACAUCGAAGGCCAAUCUUUCCUUACACCAGACAUUGCACACGGGGGAGAAGCCUUUUUCCUGUCCUGAGUGCGGAAAAUGUUUUUCAAGUAAGCCCUCUCUUUUUAGCCAUCAGAGAUCACACACGAGGGAGAAACCAUAUUCCUGUCCUGAGUGUGGGAAAUGUUUUGCAGAUGAGUCCCAUUUUUCCAGACAUCAGAGAUCUCACACGGGGGAGAAGCCUUUUUUCUGUUCUGAGUGUGGGAAAUGUUUUGCAGAUGGGUCCUCUUUUCUUAGACAUCAGAGAUUACACAAAGGGGAGAAGCCUUUUUCCUGUUCUGAGUGUGGGAAAAGUUUUUCAGUGAAGUCCAAGCUUUCCACACAUCAGAGAUCUCACACGGGGGAGAAGGCUUUUUCCUGUUCUGAGUGUGGGAAAUGUUUUGCAGAUGAGUCCUAUGUUGCCAGACAUCGGAGAUCUCACACAGGGGAGAAGCCUUUUUCCUGUUCUGAGUGUGGGAAAUGUUUUUCAGAUAAGUCCUAUCUUUCCACACAUCAGAGAUUACACACGGGGGAGAAGCCUUUUUCCUGUUCUGAGUGCGGGAAACGUUUUUCACAGAAGACCAACUUGACGAACCAUAAAAGAUCUCACACAGGUGAGAAGCCGUAUUCCUGUCCUGAGUGUGGGAAAUGUUUUUCACAGAAGUCCCAUAUUUCCAUACAUCUGAGAUCACACACCGGGGAGAAACCGUAUUCCUGUUCUGAGUGCGGAAAAUGUUUUUCAGUGAAGUCCAGUCUUUCCUCACAUCAGAGAUCACACACGGGGGAGAAACCGUAUUCCUGUUCUGAGUGCGGGAAAUGUUUUUCAGAUAAGUCCAUUCUUUCCUCACAUCAGAGAUUGCACACGGGGGAGAAGCCGUAUUCCUGUUCUGAGUGCGGGAAAAGUUUUUCACAGAAGUCCAAGCUUUCCACACAUCAGAGGUUACACAGGGGGGAGAAGCCUUUUCCCUGUCCUGAGUGCGGAAAAUGUUUGUCAAGUAAGUCCUAUCUUUUUAGACAUCAGAGAUUACACACGGGGGAGAAACCAUAUUCUUGUCCUGAGUGUGGGAAAUGUUUUUGCGGGAAAUGUUUUUUACUGAAGUCCAAGCUUUCCACACAUCAGAGAUCUCACACAGGUGAGAAGCCGUAUUCCUGUUCUGAGUGCGGGAAAUGUUUUUCAGAUUUGUCCACUUUUAACAGACAUCAGAGAUUGCACACAGGUGAGAAACCAUAUUCCUGUCCUGAGUGUGGGAAAUGUUUUUCAGAUAAGUCUUAUUUUUCCAGACAUCAGAGAUCUCACACAGGGGAGCCUUUUUCCUGUUCUGUGUGUGGGAAAUGUUUUUCACAGAAAUAUAGUCUUAACAUGCAUCUGAGAUCUCACACGAGGGAGUGGCCUUUUUCCUGUUCUGAGUGUGGAAAAUGUUUUUCAGAUAAGUCCAGUUUUCACAGACAUCAGAGAUCACACACCGGGGAGAAGCCUUUUUCCUGUUCUGAGUGUGGAAAAUGUUUUUCAAGUAAGUCCUAUCUUUUUAGACAUCAGAGAUUGCACACGGGGGAGAAGCCUUUUUCCUGUCCUGAGUGCGGGAAAUGUUUUUCAGAGAAGUCCCAUCUUUCCACACAUCAGAGAUCACACACCGGGGAGUUGCCUUUUUCCUGUUCUGAGUGCUGGAAAUGUUUUUCAGAUAAGUCCAGUCUUUCCUCACAUCAGAGAUCUCACACGGGGGAGAAGCCUUUUUCCUGUUCUGAGUGCGGGAAAUGUUUUUCAACGAAGUCCCAUCUUUCCACACAUCAGAGAUCUCACACAGGGGAGAAGCCUUAUUCCUGUUCUGUGUGCGGGAAAUGUUUUUCGCAGACGUCCAGUCGUAACUCACACCAGAGAUCACACAUGGUGGUGAAGCCACUUUCCUGUCCUGAGUGAGGAAAUUGUUCCUCACUGAAGUCCCGUCUUCCUGUACAUCAGGGGUCCCA